AAGAAGUAGAAGUGGAAAAGGAAAAGGCGGAGCCAUUAGAGCGCUAACCACACAGACGAAGAUGGCGGACGUAGAUGGUUCCGCGAAGAAGAAGAAGAAGGGCAAGAAAACGGUCGAGGAUGUCGGGGAAAUCCAGCAGAGUGGCGACUUCCUCAUCCAGCCCGAAAGCAAAGUGCCCACACUGGACACCUCCCAGUGGCCUCUUCUGCUCAAGAACUUCGACAAGCUGAACGUGCGCACGGCCCACUACACGCCGCUCCCCUGUGGGAGCAACCCGCUCAAGAGGAACAUCCAGGAUUACAUCAAGUCGGGUUUCAUCAACCUGGACAAGCCGGCCAACCCGUCCUCUCACGAGGUGGUGGCGUGGAUCCGCCGCAUCCUGCGCGUGGAGAAGACGGGCCACAGCGGCACCUUGGACCCCAAAGUCACCGGCUGCCUCAUCGUGUGCAUUGACCGAGCCACGCGAUUGGUCAAAUCCCAGCAGAGCGCAGGGAAAGAGUAUGUGGGGAUCGUUCGGCUGCACAACGCCAUCGAAAGCGAGCACGCGCUGGCCAGAGCCAUGGAGACGCUGACGGGCGCCCUGUUCCAGCGGCCGCCGCUCAUUGCCGCCGUCAAGCGCCAGCUGCGGGUGCGGACCAUCUACGAGAGCAAACUGGUGGAGUACGACGCCGAAAGGCGACUCGGAAUCUUCUGGGUGAGCUGCGAGGCGGGGACCUACAUCAGGACGCUGUGCGUCCACCUGGGCCUGCUGCUGGGCGUCGGGGGCCAGAUGCAGGAGCUGCGCAGGGUCCGCUCCGGAGUCAUGGGAGAGAAGGACAACCUGGUGACCAUGCACGACAUCCUGGACGCGCAGUGGCAGUUUGACCACAACAAAGAUGAGUCGUACCUGCGGCGCGUCGUCUUCCCGCUGGAGAAGCUCCUGGUGUCGCACAAGCGGCUGGUGAUGAAGGACAGCGCCGUCAACGCCAUCUGCUACGGCGCCAAGAUCAUGUUGCCCGGCGUCCUGCGCUACGAGGACGGCAUCGAAGUCAACCAGGACAUUGUGGUCAUCACCACCAAGGGGGAAGCCAUUUGCACAGCUGUGGCCCUGAUGACGACGGCGGUCAUCUCCACGUGCGACCACGGCGUGGUGGCCAAGAUCAAGCGCGUCAUCAUGGAGCGAGACACCUACCCGCGCAAGUGGGGGCUCGGACCCAAGGCCAGUCAGAAGAAGAUGAUGAUCCAGAAAGGACUUCUGGACAAGCACGGCAAGCCCAACGGAAGCACGCCCGACGCCUGGAGGGCCGACUACGUGGACUACAGUGCCAGCGCUGCCGCCAAGGAGCCGGAAGCACCCAGCAGCGUGCCAGCGAAGAGGAAGAGGGAGACGACGGACAGCGAAGCGGAAGUCGCGCCGGCCGCUGAGGAGACGCCCAAAGAGAAGAAAAAGAAGAAAAAAGAGAAGCGCGCCAAGGCGGUUGACGCCGAAACGGAGGACGGAACGCAAGUAGAGGUUCGUGCCCCCAAAAAUGAUCGGCUUUGUGGGAGAACAUUUCCCGUCUUCUUUCGCUCGUUUCCAACUUGAGCUUUUUCUCAAGAAUUGGCCGUGUCUGCCCAAAUCGGAACCGUUCCACAAGGCCGACGUUUUUCUCUGUUUGCAGCUUGAAAGUGGCAAAAAGAAGAAAAAGAAGAAGAAAGCCAAAGAAGACCACGAAGCUUCCGAGUGACGCUCGCAACCUCCGCCCAUUGUCAAAACUGCCUUUUUUUUUUUGUAAAUACUCUUUUUGAAAAUGCAACUGUUCAAGUUUGUGAUAUUUUAGAAGACUCUAAAAUGAAGAGUUGAUGCCAUGUAUCAAGUAUUUCCACAAAUAAAAACGAAAAAC